GACCAAAGGCUCGGCAAAGUAGAGCGGACGCGUGCGGAACUCUCCAGUUUCGCACCGAACGAUAAAACGCAGCAAGGGGGAAUUGGCCCUGUCCUCUGCGGGAUUCUGCCCGGCGAACGCUCGCCUGCGUCGGAGACGGUCUCAUCGAUCCCCCCCCCUUGUCCCAGUGGAAUCGGAGCUGCGAUGGAGGAGCAGUUCAUCCUCCGCGUGCCGCCGUCCGUGGCGGAGCGGAUCGAGCGCCUCAUGAAUGAAUCCGCCGCCGCCUCCUCCUCCUCCUCCUCGAACCCUGACGACACCUCCCUCGACCUCUCCUUCUCAGAGGAUGGAAGAAAUGGUACAUUUAUGAUCGGUAAUGAGAGCUUUCCUGCAUCUCUUUUGGAUCUACCUGCGGUGGUGGAGUCAUACAAGACAUAUGAUGAUUCUGUACUAAUUAAAACUGCUGAUAUUGGUCAGAUGAUUAUGGUAAGAGAAGAAAAUGACCCUGCUCCAGAGGGAGUUGAAUACAAGCAUGGGCUUACUCCUCCAAUGAGGGAUGCACGCAGACGCCGUUUCCGAAGAGAACCAGACUUGAAUGCAGAGCUGGUUAACCAAGUUGAGAAGCAUCUCAUCAAUAUUAUGCACGGAGUAUCUGUCAACCAGAAUGCCAGUGUGAUAGGAGGCGAGGAAGGUGGUGAUCGUAAGAAACCUCCAGUGGCUCGUGCACCCAAGCAGCCUGAUGUUCAAGAGCCAACUGCGAAUGGUGAGGAACCUGAGAGGAGCGACUCGGAAGAGUCUGAGAACUGAAGUGGACCCGAAUAGUGCAGUCUCAAUGGCCCAAGCGACCCAGGUUAAACUUGCACUUUAAAUCAGUGUAUGUCAAUAAUGACGAUGGCUGUUGUCUCAUGCAUGAUGUUGACUAUUAGCAUAAAAUUAUUAUUAGACUUCAGCAUGUGAUGGAGUAGGUUUACUGCUCUAUUGUAGUGCCGGCUGCUGCUGCUGUGAGUGUGAGUGGCAUCAGUUUGCAGUUUGCACACAGGACGUACUGUACCUACUAAGGCCAUCUAGCAGCAGUUUUGUCCAAUAUUUAUCAUGGGGUUACUUGGUUACAGGAACCCCCUCCACCUCUUAUACAGAAGACCAUAUGGUGUAGCAUUUAUAAAUACCAUGAGACAGUUGAAAGAAAA